GUCAGUCACUCGGUAAAUUAUAACCGGCUAUCUCUCACGAUUUACACACAAGAAGCAGCUCUGCCUCAAUGACGGCGUAUCUGCAGUUGAUCACCUCCGUCGUCGUCGUCGUUAUCAUUCGAGAAUCAACGGCAAGGGAGCUACGCCCCUCAGAUCACGGUCUGGAGUACCAAAGCCAACCGCCGACGGGUCUCAAGUCACAAGAGAUGAGGUCCUUCUUCGGUUCAACGUCAAAGUCUUCCUCUACCUCAUCAUCAACGCCGUCAACGGUGGCGUUUCCGAAGGCCACGAAUUCCAGCGACACCUCGUGGUGGCGGAGCGCAAACGAUAACCGGCGGGGGAACAAUCACCUGAGGCACGUGCUGCUGUUGGGGAGCUUGAUCUGCGGCGUCACAGGUGUGGCAUUGUUAGCUUCUUCUGCUUUUAUUUAUGUUAUUAAAAUUAGAUCAUCUUCUCCUUCAACUAACAACAACAAUAACAAUAGUUUAGUCACAAUUAACAAAUAGUUAUGGUUCUAUUAUGUAAUAUAAUA